AUGCCGGAAACAUUCACAAUCCACUAUUUCGCAACAGCAUCCCAAUACACAUCCAAAAACACAGAAUUGCUCCCCGCACCCCUGAAACUAUCCGCUCUGUUUGGCGAACUCGAGCAGCGAUACCCCGGCAUUGCGCACAAGGUCCUGUCUACCUGUGGUGUUAGCCUGAACGGGGAGUAUGUUGAUGUUGAGGAGGAUGUCGAGACUGUCAUCCAGGCUGGGAGUGAGGUGGCUAUUAUUCCGCCUGUGAGUUCGGGGUAG